AUUACAGUUUGAAUACCUAAAUAAAAACAUUUUUAGAAUAAUCAAUCUAGAGUUUAUAGUCUGAAAAAAAGAAACUAUGGCGACACAAUCGGGUGGUACCUCAGAUUUGGAUACAGAAUCCGUGGAAGUUUUACGUGAACGCCUGAGCACCAUGAAGCGCUUGAUGGCUGAGCGUACGGCACAGCAACAGAAUAAUCCGGCAUCUACUGAGGAAAUCUUUUCAACGAAACGCCAUCGAUCUGCCAAUAUCAUUGAUGGCAAUUUUCUGAGCAUCGCAUUUGGCGGUGCUUUGCUGGUUAUUGUGACGGUUUCAGUUUAUGCAUUUUACAAUUUAUAUCAUGCCAUAUUAAAAAAGUUUCCUUCUCAUCACGAGGAGUUGUAAUUUGCAUAUGAACAAAUUUGUACGCAUUUAAUAAAUACACAUAUGUCUGUCAUUAAAAAAAUGAAA